GUCCCAAUAUAGCUGGAAUAUGUAGUCUUUCUUUGUUCCGCUCUUCGUUUUUAACCAUUGAACCAUAACAUUCAAAAACUACAAAUGGUCGCGAGUGCUUGUCGAAAUGUUGCUCGUCUGGGCUGUAUUUUAUUUACUGUUUUUUAACACAGUUCAAUGCGUAUUUAAAGAGCUAUAUUGCACCAUAGCAGAUACAUGUGAAUGCGACUUUAAGCCAAAUAUACGAGACUUGGAAUGGGACCUAUACACCAAUCUCUACGGACAACAUCUAGCUCAGGACAUCGUGUCCGAAGAGGUGAAGAACUUUCUGGCCAACAAUAAUCCCGACCGGCCGCUGGUACUGUCUCUCCACGGGGGUUCCGGUACCGGGAAGACCCUCCUCAGCUCCAUGCUGGCCUCCCACCUGUACACUUCUGCGAUGAGCAGCAGCUACGUCCACCACUUCAUCCCCACCCUCCACUUCCCCGCCCAUGAGAGAGUCAAUAUGUACCGGGCGGAGCUGAAGGCGUGGGUGGAGGGUAACCUGACGGCGUGCGCCCGCUCCGUCUUCAUCUUUGACGAGAUGGAGCGGAUGCCCUCCGGGGUGCUGGGGGUGCUGGAGCCCUUCCUUGGGCCGUCCCACGUGUUGUUCCAGACCAACUACCGCAAAGCGCUCUAUCUCUUCAUCAGUACGACGGGGGAGGAGGUGAUCAACAGGAUGGCUUUGGAAUACAGACAGGAGGGCAGGGACCGAGAGGAGAUCCGGGCUUCGGACCUCCAGGACGCCAUCGCCGAGGCCGUCUCCAAAACCAACUCUAGUGGAUUCUCCGGGUCAAGUAUCAUCGAGGACGGUCUGGUGACUCGCUUCGUCCCCUUCCUGCCGCUGUGUCGACGCCACGUGGAACGCUGCACCCGUCAACAGCUGUGCCAGCAGGGGAUGUGUGGGCGCAGUGACGUGGUGGAGGCAGUAGGGGGCGACAUGCACUACACUCCCUUGCAGGAACAGUACUUCUCCAUCAGCGGGUGCAAGGCUGUCCCUGCCAAAAUAAACCUCUUCCUGUGACCCAUUGAGAGGUGCGCUUGGUGUCUGGACUGAUAGGGGAGGGGCAGGUGGCCGGGACCUGUGCCCAACCUGGGACCCAGGGCAGCAGAGCCAAAACUGUUUAGUGGGUUGUUGGUUGAGACUCUAUUCCCAACCUCAAAUCAACCGUUGAUGGUUGAAUCAAGAAUUUCCCGAUGAAACCUUGAACUGAUGAGAGGAUCAAUGUGUUGUACACUAAGAGGAUUUAAAUUCCACUAGGAUGUUUGGCUCAAGAGCAGCCCUGUUUCAUACACUUCCAACCUGCAGUAGUAAUGUAGUUAAACUUCUCGCAUUACUUUGGCAUGAUUCAUAAUGCUAGCAUUAUUACUUUGCCUUACAGAGUGAUUUAUUGCUAUGAAUAAGGUAUGGAAACGACAUGUCUUUCAUGCCACUAGGGGUCAAUCAAGACUCAAUGCAUCUAUAUAUUGACCUGAUUAUUUAUUGUUUAACUGUAUAUUUUUAUUCUACAGUCUUGGCUUGAUUUGUCAUUGAACAUAGUUUCCAGUCCAAGGUAACUUAAAGGGAACAUUACCGCUCACUCAUGAGAUUCAGAUAUAUAAGUAUUGACAUUCACCUGCAUCUGUCUUAAUCUCAGCUUCUCUGUACUCCAUUUUUAUUAUCUAUAUCACUGGCGUUGCAAUGGUUUAAUAAUGACAAAACAACAUAAUUUUUUUCUUGAUUCGUCUCUGCUUCGCACUCCAUUGAUCCGGUGUGUGUGAUGACACACUCCAGCGAUAGGAGGCUACCAUUUCCUGGUUGGAUUCCGACCUCUCACCCAGAUGCAGGGCUAAUGCCUUGUUCUAUGAAUAGGGGUACAACAUCUUUGCCGUAUUUUAAUUGGUCCACUUGUGCCUUAUUAUAGUGCACUAUUUAGGGCAUCACCAUUUUGUAGUGUUGAAUUGGUCUACUUGAUACCAUAAUAUACUGUCAAGCAAGUGUGCUACUGAUUCAACCCAUCACUUGUUACCUAAAUAGUGUACAUAGUGCAAAUAGGAAAUGAGGGAAUAAGUGAGCCAAAACGAACAUAGCCAUUGUGUUAUAGGAAGGUAUUACUGCACCAUCAACAUGUUUAGGACAAAUAGGAUGAAUGCUAUAAGAAUAAAGUCCUAAUUGGUCCUACUAAUUUAUUAAUGCUGUGAUUUUCAUUGUUUAUAUUCUACUUCACCACUUUUACGACAUUAGACAUGUUGCCAUAGUAAUAGCAUUAAAAUCACCAUUUAGAAAAGGCAUUCAAACACAAUUAUCAGUGACUGCACCAUGUAAUAGUAACAACAUAAAAAAAAAGCAUGGCCAUAGUGUAAAGCAGGUGGGAGUAAUCAUGUGUUAAUUUGCCAACAACCCAGACGCUGAAACUAAAGUAAGAUCUUCUGAAGGUUUUCAGAACAACCGGUGUUAUGGGGACUUUCUGUCAUUACUGGAUUACUCCAUUUGGAUUUAUAUCUUUAGAGCAGUACUAUUAACAUCUACUUUUGGAGCUGUGUUGCUUCAAUAUAAAAAAUUCAGUUCAGUUAAUCAAGUAAAUCAAAAGUGCUGAAUCGAUCGCUGUAUUUCUACACUAGUUUCCUGUGAAUGCAUUCUAAUGAACUUCCAAAAAAACAUCCCCUAAGUAAGGAGACAAAACAAAUGUAUUAACCAUAGGCUUACAACUAAAUAGAACAGGGCCUCCUGAUACUGACCUGUAGAGUAGAAUGACGUUAGCGUUAGUUAUGUUUUCCUUUCCCUCAAAACCAGAAGAGCAGAAAGUGAUCAAGAUUGGCUUCUUACGCCCCGUGCCCACUGCCUCCGUCAGUUGUCCAUUGCCCAUUGACUUUGCAUGGGGACGGACGCGCAAUGCAUUGUGGAUCCGUCCGUUCAGUUGGAGCGUUCGCCACCGUCAGAAAGUUGAAAAAUGUUCAACUUUUUCGGCAGCGACGGUUCCGUCAUCCAAUCAGAUCGCGUAUGCAAAUUUAAGCACUGUGACGCGACUCGGGCUCUGACAAUACUGGAAAGCGGGAAAGCGGUUCAUCUUGCCUCGCAACAAGCAGGAAGAAGCGGGAAGAACCCGGCGAACCGAUUUGAUUGGCUGACGGAUGCAUCUGCUAAACUACUCCCCCAUCCGUCAGCCACGCCUUCCCACGUCCGUUGACUGACGGUGCAGUGGGCACGAGGCGUUAAGAGUGCCCCCUACACACACACACACACAUGCCCCCCCCCCACAUUCCUCCUCCUCUCUGAGAGGUGCUCUAUUAGGCCAUCAAUCCACCUCCACUUUGACGUUUGAAUGCGACCGGUGAUCCUCAGGUGGAGCUCUUUGUCCAGCGGCCGGGGUCAGGGCGGAAGAGGUGGGGCUGAUGAUACAAUGAGGGGAGAGGAGCGCAGAAGGGACUGUGGAAUUAUUUCGAGAGUAUGCGUGGGGGGGAGGGGUUGUUUGAGGGCUGGUCCCCAGAGCCAGCCCUUAUAUCUCCUCUCUCGUCCUCACUGCUCUUUUCUCCUCCUACUUGGUAGAUGUUAUGUUGUGAGCGCUACGGCUAGAUUGUGAAGGGGCCCUCUCUCUCAUACAUACUCUGACCUGAUGUAGGUUUGUGUUGGUAUAGGGCACUCCCCCCUGACCCUCUAAUGUCCGCCACUGGCAUUCCCAAGACCUGACACCAGCUGUCCAGUGUAUGUUUGUGUGUGUGAGUGUGUGUUUGUGUGUUAUAAGUACUAUUUAGUCGUAUAGCACUACAGUCAUAGAACUAAGAUACAUUUCCUUAAGGAGCAGAUAGGGUUAGAUCUUAAUCUAGGAUGCCUACAGGUAGACUGGACAUUGUCGAUCAACCCAGAACCUUUCAUCUGGGAGUCAAACCCCCUAACCCUAUUUCAAUCCUCUUCACAGUAUGGGAAGAAUGUAGGAUACAAUAGACCUCUCUGGCCGCCCUUUGUGUUAGCAUUGUGGUAGACGUCUAUGUUAGUGGUACUUUGUUAGUACUGUAGUAGUUAGUAGUUAGUAGUAGUUAAGUCUGCAAGAGCUCCUGUUUCUGCAUGUGGGUUGGGAUGGACUGAGAAUUACACAAACUCCCUCACAUAAGAGUUAUUUUCUCUCCCAUCGUACAGGGAACAACAUGAACGUUUUUAUCUUAAGUUAUUUUUGAUUAUAGUGUCACUGAAUGAUGAGGAUGUUGCAGUGACAAUCUAAUGCUGGGAGCUUUGAAAAAAUAUCAGAUAAUAUCUAAAGAACAGCAAAUAUAAUUGUAUUAUUUGUAUCUAACCAAUGAAUAGAAACCAGAUAUAUUACCUUGUUAUUCUAAAUGAAAAAACGAUUAUCCAAACUAUGACCACAUAGCGCUAUACUAGCACUAUUUAAUGAUAUUGGCUAAAUGACAUUAUCAGAUAUUAAUAAAAUGUUGUAUUCAUGUAUACUCUUUCAUGUUGUUCAUUUAUAAAUACAUACGUAUAGUAGGGUAGGAAGGGGGGGAAUUUUGAUGUUCCCCAUGCAAAUUAUUGUCCCGUGUAUGAUUUUUUCACCAUCUUUUGUGUCUGUGCUUGAUUUUCGGCUGUGAAAAAUGAAGAUUUUAAAUCUACAUAGAUCUUGAACAAUACAUUCUACAGAUACAAUCCACCCCAUUUUCUCUUCGUCUUUGUAUGAAGAAUUGAUAGAGAUGAGGAUUGUCAUGAUUAGAUAAUGUAUGGUGCAUAAAAACUCAAAUAAACACAAACAAAUUUACAAAAUCGGUGACAUUGGAUCACUGGAACUCCUCCCCUAUGGACCCUAUUGAUAUAUGUUUUCUAACUUUUGUAUUUUUACAGUCUUUAAGAUGUCUCAUAAACAAAUGUUGAUGUUCCCCACUUGAAAUAUGGUUACAUGUAUGUUUAUUCUGGCUAUAUUGGUUGCCACCCUGGAUUUCCCAAAAAAAUAAAAAAUGUACA